AUGGGGGUGCUCGGGGUUAGCGGGAAUCGCCCACGGGAGGCGGCGAUCCCACGGAUUGGGAAGUUAUUUUGGGGGAAAUUUGGGAUAUUUUCCCUUUGGAUCCCCGUUUCUAUCCUCCUCAAGGCUCCAGGGAUGGAAUUGUUCCUCCUGGGAAGUUAUUUUGGGGGAAAUUUGGGAUAUUUUCCCAUGGGAUCUCCAUUUCCAUCCUCCCCAAGGCUCCAGGGAUGGAAUUGUUCCUCCUGGGAAGUUAUUUUGGGGAAAUUUGGGAUAUUUUCCCAUGGGAUCUCCAUCUCCAUCCUCCCCAAGGCUCCAGGAAUGGAACUGCUCCACCUGGGAAGUUAUUUUGGGGGAAAUUUGGGAUAUUUUCCUGUGGGAUCCUCGUUUCCAUCCUCCCCAAGGCUCCAGGGAUGGAAUUGUUCCUCCUGGGAAGUUAUUUUGGGGGAAAUUUGGGAUAUUUUCCCUUGGGAUCCCCAUUUCCCUUCUCUCCAAAGCUCUGGGGACAGAUUUGUUCCUCCUGGGAAGUUAUUUCAGGGAAAAUUUGGGAUAUUUUCCCAUGGAAUCUCCAUUUCCAUCCUCCCCAAAGCUCCAGGGAUGGAAUUGCUCCUCCUGGGAAGUUAUUUUGGGGGAAAUUUGGGAUAUUUAUCCGUGGGAUUCCCGACUCCAUCCUCCCCAAGGCUCCAGGGAUGGAAUUGCUCCUUCUGGGAAGUUAAUUUGGGGGAAAUUUGGGAUAUUUUCCUGUGGGAUCCCCGUCUCCGUCCCCCCCAAGGCUCCAGGGAUGGAAUUGUUCCUCCUGGGAAGUUAAUUUGGGGGAAAUUUGGGAUAUUUUCCCGUGGGAUCCCCGUCUCCGUCCUCCCCAAGGCUCCAGGGAUGGAACUGCUCCUUCUGGGAAUUUAUUUUGGGGGAAAUUUGGGAUAUUUUAUUGCGGGAUCCCCGUCUCCAUCCUCCCCCAAGGCUCCAGGGAUGGAAUUAUUCCCUCAGAGUGACAUUUUGGGGGAAAUUUGGGAUAUUUUCCCACGGGAUCCCCAUUUCCAUUCUCUCCAAAGCUCUGGGGACAGAGUUGUUCCUCCUGGGAAGUUAUUUUGGGGGAAAUUUGGGAUAUUUUCCUGUGGGAUCCCCAUCUCCAUCCUCCCCAAGGCUCCAGGGAUGGAAUUAUUCCCCUCAGAGUGA